AGGCCCUUAGUACCUAGUGGCUUUGUCGGUUUGUCAUUAUUAAAUGUAACUUUUUGUUUUGUUUUUGUUUUGUUUUAUAUAGAAACCCAAAAUCUUCACUUUUACCAUCAUUAACAAGUAACAACCAUAGCCCUCAGACUUAAACACCUCUUCUUUUGUCGUAAUUUUUCAAUCCAGAGUCGUAUCCCACUCAGUAAAAGACAUGGAACAUUCCGGCGCCACCAAAGAAACGGAAACGACAAAAACGACAACGUACGACGUUAUAGUGAUCGGUGGCGGCGUCAUGGGGAGCUCAACGGCGUACCAAACGGCCAAGCGUGGCUCAAAGACUCUCCUCCUCGAGCAGUUCGACUUCCUCCACCACCGUGGCUCCUCCCACGGCGAGUCACGUAACACACGCGCCGCCUACCCGGAGGAUUACUACACCCCCUUGGUCCUCGAGUCCAACGCGCUCUGGCGACGCGCCGAGGCCGAAAUCGGAUACAAGGUAUAUUUCAAGGCCCACGGUCACCUCGACAUGGGCCCGUCGGAGUCCGAAAUUCUCCGGGCCGUGAUCUCAACUUGCCGGAAACAUUCUCUUUCUCACCGCUUGAUGGACGGGCCGGAGGUUCUCCGGGAGUUCUCAGGCCGGAUCCAGCUGCCGGAGAACUGGGCCGCGGUUUACACCGAGCACGGCGGGGCUAUUAAGCCAACGAAGGCGGUUUCCAUGUUUCAGACUCUCGCUUUGAAGAACGGCGCCGUUUUGAGGGAUAAUACGGAGGCGAAGGAGAUUAAGAGAGGGGAAAACGGCGGUGUUUUGGUGGUUGCGGCUUCUGGGGAGGUUUUUAGUGGGAGGAAGUGUGUGGUGACGGCUGGCGCGUGGACGAAGAAGUUGGUCAAGACCGUUAGCGGGGUUGAAAUUCCAAUUCAGCCCCUGGAGACCGCAAUUCACUAUUGGAGGAUUAGUGAGGGGCAUAAAGGGCACUACGAGCUUAACGGCGAGGCAGGAUUCCCAACAUUCGAUGACUAUGGCGAUCCGUUGAUAUACGGAACGCCGUCGUUUGAAUUCCCCGGGUUGAUAAAGGUCACCGUGCACGGCGGUCAAGGGUGUGACCCGGAUGCACGGACGUGGGGCCCCGUGUCAAUGUUGGAGCUGAGGGAGUGGAUAGAGACAAGAUUUGCGGGCCGGGUUGACCCGACCGGGCCGGUGAAUACCAUAUUAUGCAUGUACUCAAUGACGCCGGAUGAAGAUUUCGUGUUGGAUUUCUUGGGAGGGGAGUUUGGGAAGGACUUAGUGGUCGGGGGCGGUUUUUCAGGCCACGGGUUCAAGAUGGCCCCGGCCGUGGGGCGGGUCUUGGCAGACUUGGCUUUGAAUGGGGUGACAGAAGGUGCAGAAUUAGACAAGUUUCGGGUAAGGAGGUUUGAAGGGAAUCCAAGAGGUAAUUUUAAGGGAUUUUGAAUUUUGAGGACCAUGCCAACUAUAUAGGAGGCUUAAUAAUGAUCUUAGCGAUCACUAUUAAGAAUCAUGAAUUACGAUAAAAAAUAAUUUGGGCGAGUGAUGUGAGUGUGAGAGAUGGAUAUGUCCUGUAAAUUUGCCUCUCUAUGUUUAAGUGAUUUUCUUUCCUAAUAAUGAAAAUAUGGAUACAUGUAAUUUGAGGAUAUUUCAUGCUUUUUUUUAGCAACUAUUUGUUUCGAUUAGGGGUGAUAAUUCAUGUCACGUGUUGUGUUUU